AUGGUAGAUGCUUUCCAGUCAAGAUGCAUAUCUGCUAUCUGCAGAGAUUUGGUUGAGAGGCUGCAUAUGCUAGGUUUCUACUCUGCUUUUGCUUUGCGUUCUUAUUCAUCUUUGCACGUUGAUUACGCUUGUACACCUGAAGAAGUGCAGCAACACUUCCAAUCAUGCGGCACAGUCCACCGGGUGACAAUUCUGACAGACAAGUUUGGGCAGCCAAAGGGGUUCGCUUAUGUCGAGUUUGUGGAAGCUGAAGCUAUACAAGAGGCGCUACAACUGAACGAAUCAGAGUUACAUGGUCGUCAGAUAAAGGUGAUGCCUAAGAGAACAAACGUUCCUGGAUUGAAACAGUUCCGCGGUAGAAGAUUCAACCCGUACAUGGGAUUCCGCAGACCUUUCAUGUCUCCCUAUAUGUAUUCUCCAUAUGGAUAUGGGAAAGUUCCAAGGUUCAGAAGGCCAAUGCGUUACAUGCCAUACCAAUAAAACCAUCAUGGCUGCUUUAUAUCCAUCCAUUGUUUGAGCUUUCAGUGACUUCUCUUUGUUUAAGAACUCUGCGAUAAAAGUUUUCGAAUCUUGAAUUGUUUUACAAGUUUCAUAUCGUCCCUUUUGAUCAGUGAUGAUAUACUUUUUUGUUAUGUGUUUACAUUAUGCGGAUGGGUUUUAAUAUCAGUUGAAAUUAUGUUUA